AUGGACCCGAAAGAUAAUGUUCCGAAAGAUGAUAGGGGUAAGCCACCAUUAACUGUUCACAGUAGUGCUGUGGAAAACCCUAGCAAAGAGAAUGGAUUGGAGGAUUUAGGGUUUAAGUCUUUUUCAGAAAGAAUGUAUGGGGAUGUGUUCAUUAGCUCAAAGCCGAUGGGUGUUCAGGAUUUGAGAGAUAAAGCUUUUGCUAAGCCUCUGAAUAUUGACGGGAACCCGUUGUUGCCUAGACGUGGUAUGGUACGGAAUGAACAGAGGGUUGUUAACAUUAUUGAUGAAUUGGAAAAGGUGACGGUGCCUGUCCAAGCUGAUCCUAGUGGAACGAAUCUGAAUGAUGUCCUGGAUGAGGGUUUUUGGGAUAUGGGUAAGCAAGAUAAGUCAGCCACUUAUGCGGAUAAAGUUCAAUCUUCUCGUAGCAAAAGGGAGGUAAAUUUCAGAUUAUUGGAGCCGGAGGAAACUAGAGAGGAUGCGGACAUUGUUAUUCCAAAACAGGUUGUUCAGCAGGUGCAAGAUAAGUUUGAUAAUGUGCUUUAUGGUUAUUUUUUAGGGAAUAGAUUACCGUUCCCUGUGGUUGAGUACUACGCGAAGAAUGUUUGGGCAAGAUUCGGGUUUGUAAAGCUUAUGAUGAAUGCCUCGGGCUUCUUUUUCUUCAAAUUUGGUUCCAAAGAUGGUUUAAUGAAGGUUUUGGAGGGUGGGCCUUGGCUAAUACGAAAAGUUCCGUUGUUUUUGAAUGUUUGGUCACCUAAGGUCACCCUUAAGAAGGAUAGUAUUAAAACUGUUCCAGUAUGGGUAAAGUUGCAUAAUGUUCCGAUUUCAGUUUAUACUGAUGAUGGUCUGAGUUUGCUGGCGUCAAAACUAGGGGUUCCUAAAAGGCUUGAUUCUUACACGGCUGAUAUGUGUGUUGAUAACUGGGGAAGGAGUAGCUAUGCCCGUGCAAUGAUUGAACUUAAUGCUGAUAAUGAGCUUAAGGAUCACAUUACUUUGGCUAUCCCUAAGAUGGAUGAGGAAGGUUUCAUUAUGGAAAGGGUUGAGGUGGAAUAUGAAUGGAAGCCUUUAAGGUGUCCUACAUGUUGCCUGUUUGGUCAUGACCAUGAUUCGUGUAGUAAAAACAUUAAGGAGAAGGCAAAGCAGGUUGUUGUUGAUGAGGAUGGAUUUGUUACGGACAGGAGGCGAGUGGCUAAACACGUUUUUCCUCAAAAAAAACAAAAGCAGAAAUUUAUGUAUAGGCCAAAAACGAAAGUUAACAACUCUGGUGCUAGUUCUUCUGGUACGAAACAGGAUAACCAAGCGUCUAGUAGUGGGCCAUCAACGGUGAAAGUGUCAAACUCAUUUCAGGCUUUAGAUUCGGAGGGUGAUGCUGAUCAACCAAAAGAGGAUAGUGUUCCGGUUCAUCAGGAAAGAUUUACUGAGAAGGUUACCAGGCUAAGCGAUGAGGUUCAAGAGGCUUUACCUACGGAAAUGUCAAAAUUUAUGGCUAGCAAUGUUAAGGGUUCUCAUUCUGAGGGGGCAAGCACUCCCGGUUAUACCGAAACUCAUGUGAAUGUGAGUAACUUGGAUAAAGUGUGCAAGGGAGUGUUUCGGAGUUGGAACUGGACUUCUAAUGGGGGUUUAUGUCAGCAUGGUACAAGAAUUAUAAUAGGAUGGAAUGAGGAUGAUGUGGAUCUCAUGGUGCUCGCACAAUCUGAUCAGGUUAUUCACACUCAGGUUCGGUUAAAAGCUGAUUCAAGAACCUUUCUUUGUUCCUUUGUCUAUGCGGAGAAUAAAUAUCAAGACCGUAGGUUUCUUUGGGAGGAUUUAUGCAAGCAUAGUGCCUUUGCUCGUCACCAGCCUUGGGCUGUUUUGGGGGACUUUAACACAGCUCUUAAUCUGGAAGACUCUUUAUAUGGGCCGUCUAGUCAUACCAUAGGAAUGAGAGACUUUUUUGACUGUGUUCAAUAUGUUGAGCUUAUGGAUAUUCCAAGUCAUGGUUUGCAUUUUACCUGGAACCAGAAACCGAAAGAGGGGAUAGGAGUUCUUAAGAAGAUUGAUCGUAUUAUGAGUAAUGUUAAGUUCAUGGAUCUAUUUCCGGAUACUUAUGCUUUGUUUAAACCAGCUCGGGUUUCUGAUCACUCUCCUUGUGUAAUGAAAUUAGCCUCUUGUACCCGUAAAAAGCUGAAGCCUUUUAAGUUUCCGAACUUUUUGACCACGAAGGAGGAGUUUAGGAGGUUUGUCUCUACUGAAUGGGCGAAGGAUAUUGAGGGUUUUGCUAUGUUCUCUGUUGUUAAAAAGAUGAGGAACCUUAAACCAAGUUUCCGUAAGCUGCUUUAUCAACAAGGGAACCUCCAUGAGAAGGUUAUUCGGCUGCGUAAGGAGCUGGAUGAUAUCCAGCAGCUUGUUGAUGCUAAUCCGUUGGAUGUGACCUUACGUGACACGGCUGCAAAAUGUCUUCGGGAUUAUCAGGUGGCAGCUUAUGAUGAAGAGUGUUUCCUUAAACAGAAGUCCAAGGUUGAAUGGCUUUGUGCUGGGGAUUCUAAUACCUCCUUUUUUCACAAGUGUGUGAAAAGUAGGAACGCUAGAAACAAGAUUAGUUGUAUAAAAGAUGUUCAUGGUAAUCGGUUUGAAGGUGACGGUAUACCCGGUGCUCUAGUUGAUCAUUACUCGUCAUUCUUGGGUACGGCUUACUCGGUUUCGAGUUUAGAUGAUGAUAACUUGUUUCUCAAUACCCUUAGUUCUUAUUCGGCUGAUCAUAUGAUUAGGCAAGUGACUCGUGAAGAAGUUAAACAAGCUAUGUUUGGUAUUGGUGAAAAUAAGGCCCCUGGUCCCGAUGGUUUCACAUCGGCGUUUUUUAAGCAAGCUUGGGAUAUUGUGGGUGAUGAGGUAACGAAUGCUGUGCUUGAUUUUUUCGAUAAUGGUAAAUUGUUAAAGCAAGUCAAUCACACUAUUCUAGCUCUGGUUCCUAAGGUGGAUACUCCUAAUUCUGUUCUUGAUUACCGUCCCAUCUCUUGCUGUAAUGUUAUUUAUAAGUGCAUUAGCAAGAUAAUCACGGACCGUCUUAAGGGGAGCUUGGAUACAUUGGUUAGCAUUAACCAGUCGGCGUUUGUUCCAGGCAGGAAAAUCACAGAUAAUAUUCUCCUCACUCAAGAAUUGAUGCAUAACUAUCAUCUUAACAAAGGUCAGCCUAGAUGUGCUUUUAAGAUUGAUAUUCAGAAGGCGUAUGAUACUGUUAGCUGGUCGUUCCUGGAGUCUAUUCUAAAAAAGUUUGGAUUUCACCACAAAAUGAUUAUUUGGAUUAUGACGUGUGUUACUUCGGUAUCCUAUUCAUUGAGUAUCAAUGGUGAGCUCCACGGUUAUUUUGAGGGAAAGCGUGGUCUUAGACAAGGGGAUCCGAUGUCCCCGUACCUGUUUACUCUUGUCAUGGAGGUUUUGACUCUUAUUCUUCAGCAAGUUGCCACGAAUACUUCUUUUAAGUUCCAUGGUAAAUGCUCUAAGCAGAAGAUAAUAAAUAUUUUGUUUGCUGAUGACUUGUUCCUUUUCUCUCAUGGUGAUAGUGUCUCGGUGAAGCACUUGAAAUUGGCCCUUGAUAAAUUUACGCAGAUAUCGGGCCUGGUCCCUAGCAUGCCGAAGAGUACUGUUUACUUUAGCAAUGUUACGUCCGCUAUGAAAAAUCAGAUUUUGAAUCUUUUGCCGUUUCAAGAAAGCUCGUUGCCUGUGCGUUACCUUGGUGUUCCGCUAAUUUCAACGAGAUUAGCUGCUAGAGAUUGUAAAAUUCUGAUUGAACGUACCCAAAGAAGAAUAGAUAACUGGGUUACUAAAUCCCUGUCGUUUGCAGGGAGACUUCAGUUAAUCAACUCGGUUCUUGCUGCCAUGUAUUCCUAUUGGGCUUCGGUUUUCUUGCUUCCUAUUGGUAUUGUAAAGGACCUGGAGAAAAGGUUACGUAGAUUUUUAUGGAAUGGGGGGAAUCAGGGUCCGGUUCGAGCUAAAGUUGCUUGGAAGGAGGUUUGUACUCCGAAAGAUGAGGGCGGUUUGGGUAUUCGCAGUAUUAUGGAUGCUAAUAAAGCUUUUCUGACAACUCAUAUUUGGAGCAUUAUUACUAAUCGUCCUUCGCUUUGGGUUCAAUGGAUUCACUCGUACAGGUUAAAAGGUAAUAACUUUUGGGAGGUUCAAUGCCGAGGUCAAGUUAGUUGGGGGUGGCGGAAGUUGUUAGCUAUCCGUCCUAGUAUACGGCCCUUUGUUUGGAGUUCUAUUUAUAGUGGCCGUCAAAACAAUGUAUGGAGUGACAAUUGGUGCGCUUACAGCCCUCUUCGUUCGUUUAUUUCUCCUCGUAAUAUUGCUAGAGCUGGUUUCUCGCUUAGCACAACGGUGGCUGAUGUUGUUUCUGAAGAUGGCCAGUGGCGAUGGCCUCAGGCUUGGUAUGAUACAUUUCCAGUUCUCAUUAAUAUUGCUACUAUUCAAAUUACCCCUGAUACGGCAGACCGGUUUCGUUGGAAAGAUUGGGAAGGCAAACUACAGCGUUUUUGUUCAUGGGAGGCAUGGAAUAAUCUGCGGUACAAAGAGAAUAAGGUAGUCUGGGUUAACUCGGUCUGGUUCAGUCAGUGCAUCCCAAGGCAUUCCUUUCAUUUGUGGUUGGUUAUUAAAAACAAGUUGCGGACACAGGACAGAAUGGCUGAAUGGGAAGCGGGAAGUGCUACUAAUCUUCGGCUUAUGUGCUGUCCCUUGUGCAGAUAUGACCGUGAUUCUCGGGAUCACUUAUUUUUUGAAUGUUCCUAUGCUUCAGAAGUUUGGAGACUAGUUAGGAAUAUGGUUGAUAUGGAGAGUGUUGAUGACACAUGGGCUUCGGUUAUGCAGUGGAUGGAGCUAAAUGCUAAUUCGAGUUCCCUGGAUUACAUUGUUUGCAAUCUUCUGUUGGCGGCUUCCACGUACUUUAUAUGGCAGGAAAGAAACAAUCGUCUUUUCACUCAGGUGCAGAGGAAUGCUAGUGUUCUCUCCAAGGUUAUUAUAGAUACAAUUCGGCUCAGGAUUAUGGGAUUCAAAACCGGUAGAGACCCGAAGCAAAGGAAGCUUUUGGAUAGGUGGCUGAUCGCGAAGACAAACAUGGAUGUAGACCCGGGCUAG